AUGGCCGCCCCUGCUGAUGUUACUCUCCAAAAUCUGAGUGGAAAAUGGGAGAUGGACUCCACCCACUCUAACCCAGCAGACCCUCUUCUAUCCUUGCAAGGAAUGGGUUGGGUCAUGCGCAAGGCCAUCUCCUACGCAACAGUGACAAUCUACGUCAAGCAGUACGCAGACAGCGAAGACGCGACGCUCAUCCACGUCGACGCACAGCAAGUACUCACAGGCGGCAUCCAAGGCACCAAGGAAGAGCGCAAGUUGGACUGGCAAGAGCGCGAGCACGUCGACCACAUCUUCGGCAAGCUGAAGGGUCGCUCGCGCCACCUCGCCGCCGCUAAGGGCGAGGACGGACUUGUGCGCCCUGUUAUUGAGAUCCAGACCAAGGUCGGCAACCCCGAAGCUGAUGCUAAAGUGCAGAAGUUCCUGACUGGUGAGACCCUUAUUGAUGGGUCGAAGAGUGAGGGAUUCCUUGCUGAGGAGGGCGAGGGAGCGUUUUUGCAGAGCUGGGUGGUGAAUUCGGAGAGUGGGUGGACUGCGGAGCAGGUUUGGGGAUUCGAGAUUAUCGAUGGGGAGAGGCGUCAUACUCGUCGCGUUGUUAUUAGUAAGGGCGGGAAGGUUGCUUCUGCUAGACUAGUCUACGCUUUCAAGGAGCGGAAGACUGAGGAGUAA